AUGCCCGAUCUUAAACGCACCCACGAGGCGGACGUCCUCCUCCUCUACGUGAUACUCUUGAACGCAGACUCUGAGACCAUCAACUGGCCCGCCGUCGCCGAAGCAACUGGUAUAACGCAGUCCGCCGCCCGGCUGAAAUGGUACCGCCUUAAACAGGAGCUCGAUCUGAAGAUCCAGGCGGGUGGGCUUGAUUACAAGGACAUGCGGGUUGCCGAGGCUCAGAGUGGUGAUGGGAGGGAUGUAGAGGGAGAGGGAUUCUCGAUGAAGGUUAUCGGUGCUGCUGCUGCUGCUGGAGAAGAUGAACCUCACUCUGAUGGAAAGCAAAAGGAACAGGAACAGUUACAGCUACAGUCGAAUGAAGAGAGAAAGGAGAAGAAAUCCUCGGAGAUUGUUCAAGAUGUGGAGUCGGUCCUGUUUCCGGAUUUUUCCUCUGCGGGGUCUGAUGGGGACGUUGAUGAGGAUGAGUGGGUUGAUGGGACCCGUGGUGGUCGGAGGAAGAGUUUUGUGUUUUAUACUGGGGAUCGAGGGGAAGACUUGGGAGAGACCACGGGCAAUCUUGUUGAGAUUCUCGAGAGCAAGAGGCGGGAGUUGAGGAUGAUGGCGUCUGCAGAGAGGGUGUCGUGUUGGUCGUCGGAUUCGUCGUUGGUGAAGGUGGCGAGAUUGUUUCAUGGCUCGUUGGGAGAGGAUUUUGCUUUCUACUCUGACGAGGAUGAUAGGGGUAACGGGGAGGUUCAGGAGGGAGGAAAGGCUGGGGAUUGUGCUGCUACUCAGGGAGAUGGUACUGAAGAGGUGAAGGAGAGAAUGGAGUGA